AUGGAUGUAUGCCCCAUCUCCCGUCCGCAUAACAAAAUGUACGAGAUUUACUACCUAAAUGAACAGGAAGAAUUCGAAAAGUCGAAAGAAAAUGGGGAAAUUCACAGUUCCUUGAUUUUGAGAAACCGUUGUGUUAAUGUGGAGAAAAAAAAAAAGUUGAUUGAGGAGAAUACUUACGAGGGGGGAUACACCAUCUGGGAAUGCACAUGGGAAAUGCUGAAAUUUCUCCACAGAGAGGGGAUCGACUUUAGGAGUAAGAAUGUCCUGGAGCUAGGCUGUGGACACGGUCUUGUAGGCAUAAAGGUCCUCAUGGAUGAAGGGAACGUCGUCUUCCAGGAACUGAACAAAGAAGUAAUCAACGAUGUGCUGCUACCCAACAUAAGAAAAAACUUGAACAUAAAAACGAAGAGAAAAAAACUUAAGGAUAAAAAAAAAUGCAUGAAAAUACACAGCCAAAACAUCAAUUGCACCGUUAUCAAUAAACCGUGGAACAAGCUGAAUAAAAAAAUAAAAAAGAAAAAAUUAAAUCCAUUUGAAUUUAUCAUAGGAAACGAAAUAUUAUAUAGAAAGAAGAAUUAUUAUCACAUUUUAAAAAUUCUUAAGUUGAACAUGGCGUAUAAUGGAAAGGCGUACUUCGGUACCAAGUCAUAUUACUUUGGCUUUGAAGACGAGGGAGUUGGCACGAACAGCUUCGUUGAUUAUGUGAAUAACAACGAGCACUUCAACUUUCGCGCUAGGGUUGUUCAGACCAAUUCAGACAAGUCGGUGUAUUCCAAGGACAUCAUAGAGGUGACCUUCACCGACAUGGGCCAGUUGCCUUGCGAGAUGAAAGAAAUAUAUCUGGAAGUCUAG